AUGCGUCUCUAUGCCGCACUCGGUCUUGCAGCUUGUCUCGCGCCAGUGUCUGCCAUCUUCGAAGAUGACGCCUAUCACAUCGACUUCCACUAUGCGCUGUUAGGCUUACCGAAUCACGAUGCUACCUUUUUCCAAAAGCCAUACGGGGCCUCGAAAGCCUCGCUUUUGUACUCGAUAUCCGAAAAUCAAACGAUUGGCGCGAUAAACCCCAAGGACGGUACCCUUGUUUGGCGACAGCACCCGGCGUCAGAACCCCGCGGGAGAGGCCACCUAAGAGCGGCAGACGAGCAGGACACUGUUGUCAGCGCUGUUGGGAACCGAGUCACAGCCUGGAGCUCAUCAGAUGGCAGGUUAGUGUGGGAAACGAACGUUGAUGGGUCAGUCGUGGAGGAUUUAGAGAUUCUGGAACAGGAGGAUGGCAUCACCAAAGACGAGGCUAAGGACGCCAUUGUCCUGGUAUCUGGUACCAGCCAUAGCGUCAAGAGGCUUGAUGGAAAGACUGGUCGUAUCAAAUGGACAUAUGAGGAUUCCAGCAACGACACGCCAUUCCAAGUAUCUACCUCGCCCACAACGAUCUACUACAUCUCGCUACACUCGUCUAUAAUCGGUGCAGGGUUGAAGCUCAAGGUCACUUCGCUGAGCCCAAUCACUGGCAAGAAGCUCGACCAGUACACACUCAGCUCAGACACCGAUAUCACAUCGAGAGAUCACAUUGUCUUUGCCGGAGCGAACACCGCAGCGCCUGUAUUGGCGUGGACAGACAAGGACUACAGCGUCAUCAAGGUCAACAUCAUUGGCACGAAGACCGUAGCGAGCUUCGACACACCAGGAGAAAGCCCUAUUGAGAAGGUCGUUCUGCACGCUCCGGGGCACGUCAACUCUCAGCCACACUUCCUCGUUGAGUAUCAGACAUACUUUGGGCACUCUGCUGAAGUCUUCCACGUCGAUCUCAAAAAGAAUACUGUGUCAAAAGCUUACAGCCUUCUCGAGCUGCAGACCAAGGGUACAUUCACCACCAGUACAACGGAUGCUAACGUCUACUUCGUCAGAGUAACUGAAGACGAAGUCAGUGUGGUGUCAUCGGCCUCGCAUGGCGUACUUGGCCGUUGGCCCACAGCCAGGUCACCCGCUUUGGCCAGAGCUUACCCUGUGCACGCUGUCUCAGAGGUAGUGGUAAAGUCCGGAACAGCCACUGCUGCCAGGUCAGCUAUCCUGUUCUCCAAUGGACAGUGGGUCUUGGUCCGUAACGGUGACAUUGCCUGGACUAGACCUGAGUUCUUGGCGCAAGCUUCGUCUGCCGUGUGGGCCCGUCUUCCAGAGGUCGAGUCUCUCGCUGCCGAGCUUGAAGUUGAGCAACAUCAAAAUGUAGUGUCAGCUUACAUCCACCGAGUAAAGAGGCAUAUUCAGGACCUCGAACAUUUCCCAGCCUGGGCGCAGAAUCUUCCUCGACGUCUCCUUGGUAACGUUGUGGGCAAGCCGAAGCAGACGGCCGUGGAUAAUAUCCAGCAGGACACAUUCGGCUUUCACAAGCUUGUCAUCGUUGCAACCGAAAAUGGUCGACUUGCUGCCCUUGAUGUGGGUGCUCGUGGAAAGGUGCUGUGGAAUGUACACCUCACGCAAUUUGCCGACACGGUCUUUGAGUAUCCUACUCUGAGAGCCCACAGUGGCUAUGUAGAGGUCAAAGACCCAAGUUUCGAAGGUUCCUUGUUCAUCAACUCGACCACAGGCGGUACGGCAUCCUAUGUCAACCUUCACCUGCACGGACCUCAAGUCGCCAAGGGACAGAAGCUUGUGUCAUUUACCCUGACAAAUGGCGUUCUCAAGGGAGCCCUGGAGACAGAAAACCGAGGAAACACAGAGUCUGUAUGGGCUUUUGAGCCUCCGAGCGGGGAGCGCAUUGUCGGCUUCACUGCGCGACCACUGAAGGAUCCGGUUGCCUCCAUUGGCAAGGUCUUGGGCGACCGAAGUGUGCUUUACAAGUACUUGAACCCCAAUCUGGUGCUAGUAACGGCGGUAUCAGAGCUCGCUCGUACCGCGUCCAUCUAUCUGUUGGACUCCGCUUCCGGUCAGCUGCUCCACACUAUGUUGCACUCUGAUGUUGACACGUCGCGACCGAUUCCCUCUACCAUCUCAGAAAAUUGGUUCAGUUAUUCUCUGACCAUUGACUCGACUGCUUCACCAGAGUCUCGUGGUCACCAGCUGAUUGUCUCGGACCUCUACGAAUCACCGCUCCCUGACGACAGGGGCCCAUUGGGCGCUUCCUCAAACUCUUCUACAGUGAAGCCUUCAAGAUCUCAGGGUGAUGCCGCCAAGCCAUACGUACUGUCACAGAGCUACCAGAUUGCCGCGGAGAUAUCGCAUAUGGCGGUGACACAGACCAGGCAGGGAAUCACCAGCCGGGAGCUUCUCAUCACCAUUCCUUCCACCAGCUCCAUCAUCGGUAUUCCUCGUCAGUUCAUUGACCCCCGACGUCCCGUCGGCCGCGACCCAAAUCCAAAUGAACAGGCGGAGGGUCUCAUUAAGUACACCCCUCUGCUUCCCCUUGAUUCGAAGUGGCAUCUCACCCACAAGUACGAAGUCCUGGGCAUCAAGGAUGUCAUUACGAACGAGAGUGGUAUCGAGAGUACCAGUCUAGUGUUUGCUUAUGGUCACGAUAUCUUCGGUACUCGAGUCGCACCUAGUUUCGCAUUUGACAUCCUGGGCAAGGGUUUCAACAAGAUCCAGAUGCUUCUGACCGUUGCCGCACUGUUUGUCGGUGUUUUGUUUGUUGCUCCAUUGGUCAGGAGAAAGCAGAUCAAUUCCCUUUGGACGAUACCUUAG